CCUUUCGAUGUUCAACAAUCGCCAACGUUUGAAUAUAUCUUUGUAAUAAUAUUUGUACAUAUAAUGAUAAAUGCAUCCAUAAUGGCUCUUAUAAAUGGAUUAAUGUUUACUUUGGUUCUUCACGCGAGUGGACAAAUUGAUAUACUAUGUCAAGAAUUAAAAAAUAUUUCUAAAAACAUUCUUGUACAUAAAUCUUCAAUGUCUGUACUUCAUGUACUUAUUAAAAGACAUAAAAGAAUAAUUUCAUUUUCCUAUAAUAUCGAGAAACUUUUCUCUUCUAUCUCCUUGAUGCAAAUUGUUGUGGACACAUUAGUUAUUUGCUGCCUAGGAUUUUUAAUCAUAAUUUCUAUUCAUAAUGAAACUGGUACUUCUAUGAUAAUGAAAAUUAUUUUAUCUUAUAUUGCUUUAACAACUGAAGUUUUUGUCAUUUGUUUUGCCGGAGAAUAUCUUAGUCUUAAGGGUGACUCAAUUAUCAGUUCAACUUAUGAUACACUAUGGUAUGAUAUGCCGUCAACUCAGGCAAGGAUUAUAUUAUUUGUAAUAAUGAGAUCUCAGAAACGACUUACAAUCACGGCAGGGAAAAUGAUAGAUAUGUCAUUCGAAACUUUUACCAAUAUCAUGAAAGCGUCAGUAUCAUAUAUAUCAGUAUUAAAUGCUAUGUAUUAA